AUUCGAGGUCGCCGCAGCAAGCCGCAGCAUGUCCAACAUCUACAUCACGGAGCCCGACACGGAGGGCAAGGUGCUCAUGCGCACGUCCUUUGGCGACAUCGACAUUGAGUUCUGGCCCAAGCAGGCGCCCAAGGCGGUGCGAAACUUCAUCCAGCUCGCCAUGGAGCAUUACUAUGACAACACGAUCUUCCACCGCAUCAUUGCCAACUUUAUGAUCCAAGGCGGCGACCCGACUGGUUCGGGCGACGGUGGUGAGUCGAUUUACGGCGAGCCGUUUACGGACGAGUUCCAUUCGCGCCUGCGCUUCAACCACCGUGGCCUCCUCGCCAUGGCCAACUCGAACAAGCCCAACACGAACAAGAGUCAGUUCUUCUUCACGCUCGACAACUGCGACUUUCUCGACCGGAAGCACACGAUCUUUGGCAAGGUCACGGGCAACACGAUCUUCAACCUCCUCACGGUCAACGACAUUGAGACGGGCGGGAACGAGCGCCCGGUCGAGCCCGUCAAGCUUCUCGGCAUCGACAUCCUCUGGAAUCCAUUCCCCGACAUCGUACCGCGCGCGAUCAAGGCGACGACGACAAUGACAGCGGACGCGACGGACAAGCCCAAGAAGAACAAGCGCAAGGCGACAAAGGACUUGAAGCUCCUCUCGUUUGGCGACGAGGCUGAAGACGCGUUCGUCGCGAUGCCCAAGAAGAAGGGCCCGAUGAGUAGCCACGACGUGCUGACGAACGACAAGAAGCUCAGCAAGCGUGUGGACCAGUCGCUCCAAACCAAGAUCGCACUCGUGCGUCCCGAGGACCAUCAGACGCCGUCGUCAUCGACCGACCGGGACGACGCGCUGUCUGCCGCGUCCGGCGACGUCUCGUCGCUCAAGGCACUCAUUGCCAACAAGCUCAAGAAGAAGCCGACCAACGUCCAAUCGACGGCGACGCCCAAGCUUGCGCAGGAGGCGCUCGAAGACGAGACGGAUCUGUCUGCGAUCGAAACCAAGGCGCAAAAGCGCGCGCGGAAGGCAAAGGAAAAGGCCAAAGACGAGUACACGGCGCUCAAGGACGAGCUCAAGAAGGCCAACAAGGCCGUGCACGUGGUCACGGGCGUUAAAGCCCAAAAGCUGGACGACGAGAAGGCGUUCCACGAGAUGCUGACGCCGCUCCAGCUGCGCCGGCAAAAGUACCUGGCGCAAAAGAAAUCGAUCGGCGACCGCCAAGCCAAGACGCUCGAGCGCCUCGAAAAGUUCCGCAACACGCUCAUGCACGUGCACACGGUCUCGAAAACCAAGACGGCCAAGAGCACCGAGACGUACCACGGCCAAGUGCUCAGCGAAGACAGCGACGCGCCCGACGACGACGACAACGACCCGACGAGCUGGAUGACGGCGAAACUCAAGUUCAAAAAGCACAUUGAUGACCAAUACCGCAUGGGCUACGACCCCAACGCGGACAACUACAUGACGAUCGACACCAAGAUUGAAGGCAACAAGAGAUAGGCGUCCUGUCGCUCGGAGACUAAAACUUGCUCAAUUGAUCCUUGACACUCC